GCUCAUCACAGUACAGAGAUCCCUUCUGUGUUUGAAAACAAAUUUACCUUUAAAAUCGUCCUAAAACUCAAAAUGCUGAAGUUAGCAGUGGUGGUGUUGUGCUUGGCUUUGGUCGUAGAAGCGACUAUCGUUCGCAUUCCUUUGAACAGGCCCAGCAAGAAGCGCGCCUUGAAGAAUGUCGCCGCACAAUUGGCCGUACUUCGUAGCAAAUAUAACUCCGCCAUUACCGUCACAACGGAACAAUUGAGUAACUACAUGGAUGAUUCGUACUACGGCCCUAUUACUAUUGGCACACCACCACAGGAUUUCCAAGUGCUCUUCGAUACCGGUUCGUCAAAUUUGUGGGUACCAGCUGGCCCUUGCAGCGCCUCAAAUCAGGCAUGUCAAAAUCACAAUUCCUACGAUGCCAGCAAAUCGAGCACAUACCAGCCGAACGGUGAAAGUUUCGCCAUCCAAUAUGGCAGUGGCAGUCUUUCGGGCUACUUAGUUGAGGACACCGUGAGCGUUGCUGGUUUGCCCAUAAGCGGUCAAACUUUCGCCGUAGCAACCGCAGAGCCUGGUACUACCUUCGUCGAUUCGGAAUUCGAUGGCAUCCUCGGCAUGGGUUAUCAACAAAUCUCUAAUGAUAAUGUGGUGCCACCAUUCUACAACCUCUUCAAACAAGGCCUAGUUGAGUCGAAUGUUUUCGCUUUCUAUUUGACUCGUGACGGCACCUCCAGUCAGGGUGGUGAAUUGACUUUGGGUGGCAUUGAUCCCAAUCACUAUACUGGUGAAAUCACCUACGUACCCGUCUCAGAGCAAGGCUAUUGGCAAUUUAACGUUGACGCAGUAACCAUUGAAGGUGAAGCGGCAUUCACCCAAGGCUCAGCUAUCGCCGAUACUGGCACCAGUCUGGUGGCCGUGCCGUACUACAUCUAUGAAGAGGUGCAAAGCGCUAUUGGUGCUGAGCCCGACCAGUAUGGUAAUUAUUUCGUGGAUUGUUCACAAAUAUCCAGCUUACCAACGGUUACGUUCAGCAUUAGCGGCACUACUUUUGAGCUGGAGGGUAAGGACUACAUCGUUGAUAUCGAAAGUGAGAGUGGUGAGACAUUGUGCAUGUCUGCUUUCGAGAAUGGGGGCACACCUUUCUGGAUUUUGGGUGAUGUCUUUAUUGGCAAGUACUACACCGUCUUCGAUUUUGAAAACAACCAGGUUGGUUUCGCUACGGCGACGUAAACCUUCGAAGCUCGAGACUUCCCCAUCGAUAUAUUGUAAAAUGUUCAAAUAAAUUUGUAAAUGCAUUUGGCAAA